CCCCGGUGGUCAGUAGAGAGAAUGCAGCGUUAACACAUGAAGCUUUGACUUCACUGGGCAGAACUGGAGGUUGCCUCCUGGUACGCUCCUGAAUCUUUUGGGAAUUGACAACCGAACCACAUAAAAAGUCUCGGCUCCUCUGAAGUAACAGUGUUGUCGUCUUGGUGCAUUAACUGAGGUAAGAACUGAGAAGACAUUCAAUAUUUCAUUGUAGAAACAAAUGUUCUUGUAUAUUUUCUGUAGUAUUGAAACGUUGAUGAGUUCUCAUGUUGCUUUGAAAGCUUUGAAUGUUUCUGGACUUGUUUGUGACUGAAACACUGAAGCUGCAGGCUGGUUGUGUGUUGACCAACCUGAGAGUUACCUGUUCGUAGUCUCCAGGUGUAGCUCUCAGGGUUCUGUCUGCCGUCCCAGACAGAAGAACACAGGUCUGGUUGUUCCUGAAGCUUCUUUUUCUUACUGUUGGACAUCUUUUCUGUCAUUUAAAAUGAUUUCUCAGUUUAACCAACGUAAUGUGUUGUUUUAGCUUAUAAUAAUGAUUAUAACACCAAACUACUAAAACAUUUACACUGACAGUUUUUAGAUAAUCAAGUAUAGAAUAACACAUUUUCUUGGGGGAUGCUUCACUGGAAGGGUCAAUAUUGUAAUUCCUUUGAAAUGAUGUCAAUAUUUCCUGCUUUCUUCUGUUGGAGAUGAACUCUUCUGUGAACGUGACCGUGGUUCUGGAGCACCGAGACUCCUUCUCCAAAGCCGUGAUCAAGAACAUGAUCGUCGUGCUUCUCGGCUUCUCCCUCAACUACAUCAGUGCAGCCCUCAUUUACACCUUCCAUAACCACCAGAUCUUCUACACGAAUCCUCGCUACAUCCUUAUUAUUCACCUGGUGGUCAACGACAUGAUCCAAGUGACGCUGAGCAUCAUCCUCUUCGUCAUCAGCUACACCGUCUACAAAAUAAACGUCUCUGUUUGCUGCAUCUUUAUGCUGCUGGCUCUCGUCACCACUGAAAACACCCCUCUGAACCUGGCUUGCAUGGCGAUGGAGUGCUACAUCGCCGUCUGCUUCCCCCUUCGCCACAUGCAGAUCUGCACCGUCAGGGGAACCUUGAUGCUAAUUGGUUUCAUCUGGAACAUCAGCAUUGUGUCCGUUCUUCCUGAUCUGUUCAUCACUUUGGCCACAGAGCCGCUGGACUUCUUUCAUUCCAGAGUCUUCUGUGUCAGAGAAAACGUCUUCCCAAAUCCCCUCAUCCCCCUCAAGAGAGAAAUCAUAUAUUCACUGUUUCUAGUUAUCAUUUGGAUCACCAUAUUUUACACUUAUUUCAGAAUUAUGUUCGCUGCACAAUCAGCCAGCAAAAAUGCUAAAAAAGCCAGAAACACAAUCCUCCUCCAUGGAUUCCAGCUGCUGCUUUGUAUGGCAACAUAUGCAAGGCCGCAAGUAUUAAAAGUUCUAAAGCAAGGGGACCCUACGAAUUAUGUAGACCAUCUCUUUGCUUCCUAUAUUAUUAUACAGGUUCUACCACGGUCCAUUAGUCCAGUCCUCUAUGGCAUCAGAGACAAGACUUUCAGGAAGUUCUUGAAAGGGCAUCUGUGGUGUUGAGCCAGCAGACUGUUAAGCUUUCCUGAGAUGGAUAUCCCAAUAAAAGAUGAAGCAACAUUUACUUGAGGCUUCACUCUCUUCAGUUCUCUCUGCUAAGUAAACAUGCAGAUGGUGUAACCUUCAAACAUACAGCUGUUACACAUCCAUGUAAUUACAAACUCGCAUAUCUACAUAUCUGAGGCACUGCUUUUUAAUUGGGCCUUGAAUGAUUCGAUAUUGAUUCUGGCCCUCUCCCAAACCUGAUCAAUGAUUAGGGUUUGGUACCGAAAACCGGUGCCAAUAUGGAACCCAUACGACCGGUGCCUACCAGACUGAAACUUAACGCAGAUUUCGGUGCUUCCUUUCAGCGCCUGAGCUGAUUGAAAUACUUUUUUUUAUACUACUCUGAUGACUCCGCCCUGGCAGCAGGUAA